AUGGCACCGAUCCGUCAGAAGAAGCAGUUCGUCGGCAAGAAGAGCAAAAAGGGGCCCGGCUGGAAGUUCAGUCUGGACCUGACCCACCCCGUCGAGGACGGCAUCCUGGACUCGGCCAAUUUUGAAAGCUUCCUGAAAGAGCGCAUCAAGGUGAACGGCAAGACCGGAAACCUCGGCGGCGUCGUGUCGGUCGGCCGCGUCAAGAACAAAAUCAACAUCGCGUCUGACAAGCAGUUCUCCAAAAGGUAUUUAAAGUACCUGACCAAGAAGUACCUGAAGAAGAACAACCUGCGCGAUUGGCUGAGAGUGGUCGCCUCCGACAAGGAGACGUACGAGUUGCGUUACUUCCAGAUUAGCCAGGAUGAUGAAGACUCAGAAGCAGAAGACUAG